AUGCAACGCAUCAACUCUUCAUAUUCGGCAUCAACUGCAAAUGUUGUCGUCAUCAUACUAUUUCUCAUCGGAGCAGUCGGUGCUCAUGGCCACUCAGAGCCUGAACUUGCCGGAAAUCACACUGCUUUAGUGCAUGAAUCCGAUCAUCUACAAUCGUACUUCACACUGCCGAACCACCAAGGUCUUAUCUAUGGCCAUAUCUCACUGAUGAUUAUUGCUUGGGUUGUUGUUUUGCCUGUUGCCGUCAUGCUCUCAAUUGCCCGCUCCCGCAUUAGCUUGAUGACCCAGUUUGCGUUUCUCACGAUCAAUGCCUUUGGUCUGCUGCUGGCAGCCAUUUACAAUUCCCAAACUCAAGAUUUGUAUCCAAACAACUCUCAUCAUAAAAUCGGCUGGAUUGUUACGGCUAUCAUGUCUGUUCAAGCGUUGAUACAGUUGAUUGGACGACUAGCUGGUGCUACGGCCGGACCGGGUUAUCGCCGCGAGCAUCAUGUAGGAGGACACAAUUUGAUCUCCAGCGUGAAUUACUGGAGACGCCUAUCAACGCAGGAUCACGCUGCACCAGCCGAUCGGCUGUCAAAUGACAGUGGGCAGGGGACUGAACCUGGAACAGAAUCACUCCGAAGCAACUCAGUUUCGACCUUGGACGACGAAGAGAUUCCACUAAAUGAUCAGCACGGAGACUAUCAUAGCAGUGAGGCUGAGGCGAAGUUACUCGAAUCAGCGGAGCUACCGGUACUGUCGACUAACAUGCUAGUACGAAAGGCUCAGCGUGUCGUCGUAUCCUGGCUGUGGGCGUACCUUGACUUCAUUCACAGAGCUACAGAUAGAAUAAUCCUACCGUUGGGAUUUAUCGCGUUGACGACUGGAAUUGUGACAUUCGGGCGCCUUUUUGAAGGCAAGUCUAUUUUCAGUGGCUUAGCGCAUUGGAUCAAGGGAGGAGUAUUCUUUUGGCUUGGUUUGCUCACCUUGGGCCGCUGGUCUGGAAGUUUCGCGGACAUGGGCUGGGCGUGGAACCUCAGACCAGUCGAUGCUGAUGAGAAGCACUGGUGCCCAUCCGCAGAGUUCGUCGAGAGCGCCUUGAUAUUCUUUUAUGGAUCUACCAACAUCUUCUUGGAGCAUUUGGGAAGUUGGGGUGGCGAAUGGAGCUCCCAGGAUUUGGAGCAUUUGGCUAUCACUGUGCUUUUCUUGGGAGGCGGGCUGUGCGGCAUGCUUAUCGAGUCUUCUACUGUCAGAACUCUGCUGAAUGCAACCGCUUCAGACACAGCUCCGGCGAGGACGCUAGGAGACGAGGAAGAAAUAGCGGAGAGAUGGAAUAAUCCACCAACAUACAAAUUCUCUUUAAAUCCCAUACCAGCACUGGUUAUUCUCCUACUUGGCAUCAUGAUGAGCUCCCACCAUCAGGAAACCAUGGUAUCGACAAUGGUACACAAACAAUGGGGUGAUCUGUUGCUAGGGGCUUCCUUUGCUAGAGUUCUGACCUAUGUUCUUUUGUUCCUCCGCCCCCCAAAGUCUGUCCUACCAUCUCGUCCACCAACGGAGCUACUGGCAUCAUUUGGUCUUAUUGCUGGAGGCAUUAUAUUCAUGGCGAGCAGUUCGGACACCAUCGAUGGUAUGAUUCACUAUAACCUGGAUGCCAUAUAA